CAAAGCUCUCUCUCUCUCUAAAAUUCGAAACUAUAAAUCCCCCACCCACCAUCCCCCUGAUAAGGGUUCUCUUCCUUCUGCGAGGUUGGGGAACCUCGCAGAAAAAGAACCCACCUCUCAAACCUCACCUCUUCCCGGCCACAUCGCAGGAAAGACCAAAUUUCCGGCUAAAUCAUCCCUCAAACUCACGGGAAAACCUAUUUUCCGUCCAUGGAGCUCCAUUCUCCGGCCAUGGCCAAGCGGCUGUGGAACCUUCUUCGCCUUGCCUUCUUCAUGGUGAGGAAAGGCCUCAUCUCAAAGAGAAAGCUUGUCAUGGACAUGAACCUUAUGACGAAGAGGGGAAAAUUACUCGGAAAGUCCUUACAAAAUCUGGUAUUCCACCACCACCCCUCCUCCGAAUCCACACGUGCGUUUGGCCUGCAAGACUACGAGUUCUCUUGUAGCAAUAGCCCUGCUAUUUUUUCGCACGUGUCGAAGAGGAGGCACCAUUUCCCCUCCUUCCCAUGCAUUCACUCACAUGUUUUAGAUGAAGAGCCAAGGGCCAUUGUCAUCACAUUGCCGAAAUUCUCACCGGAAAAUCGGCUCAAGUCACCAGGAAAUUUCCUCAACUCGCCGGAGUAUUCCAUCGGCUUGCCAGAGUAUUCCCCCGGGAUGACCCCAUUGGUCAUGGCCUCGCCGGAAUAUCCACCGGAAAACGACGAUAGCGGGCAUGUGGACGCCGAGGCUGAGGAGUUUAUAAAGAGGUUCUACGAGGAGUUGAGGGUCCAGAGCCGGACGGCCAGGCUGGAGUACAGGGAGAUGGAGUACAGAGAGAUGCUAGUCCGGAGCGCCAGCUGAUUAUAAUCGCUGAAAGAAGGACGAAUUCGUGAAAAAAUUGAAAAUUUCGUCGAGAAAAUGUCAAAAAUAUAUGAAAUAAAGCUGUUGUGGAUAAAUGGCUUGGAGACUGGACAUUGGAGUUUGUUUGUUCCAGUCCAUGCACAUCCAUUUCCUGGUUGUUCACUUCUUCUUUUCUUAGUUAUAGAGUUACAACUAUAUAUGAAUAUAAAUAUGUGAUAUAUAUGUUUGGUUGCUGAAUUUUGUCUAUGGUUUUUUUUUUUUUUUGCAAUGUUGGAUUGGUUAGGUUUUGAGUUUGGGUCUACCAUUUUUUUUGGUUUAAUGACCCUGUUUAAGCAUUGAAAGGUUUGGGUUAAAUAAAAUGAUGAGAGGUUAUGUGA